AUGACGAGGGAGCUCCCUUCCCUAUGGUGGAAACAGAUUGGCUACCACCACUGCCACCAGCCCGUCGCUGGUGCCUUUAUCCGGCACACGUGUGCACCGUUGCCGCUUGUGAAGCGGCAAGUUGAAGAAACGAUCAUUCCUGCGCAGCUGCGCGAGCCCACUUCCCAUUUCUCGCGAUCCAAUUGCUCUCCCAAACAGACAGGGGCAUUUUCGUACUUUGCCAAAAACCCUCGCAUUUCCAGCUCACCACCUCAAGAGCAUGAGCUCCAAAACCCUCCCAUUUCUUCAGAAACCUCUGAAGUGACCAUGUCGGCCUUUGAAUCUCUCUUACAUCACGCUUGUCGUCAUUGCUUUAAACCCUCUCCCCCAUCUCUCUCCAUCACAAAUCUAGGGGUUUUCAAACGCUCACUUCCCCUCCUCUCUCCCCAAACCCCUCCCUCCAGGUUCCUUCUUCCAGCGUUCUCAAGACCCUUCUCAUCGCCUCCGUCUCCACCGUCCGAUCCCCAACCAGAGAUCCAAACCGUCGAUCCCCCCAAAAACCCAUCUCCUUCGUCAACGAUCAGACCCGUUUCUUACCCUACAAAGCCGAUAGAUACUUCUUCGGCCGAGGAACCGCCGACUGCCCCACCACCGCGACGACCGCGAGAGACCGCCGGAAGAUCCGCUUUCCGGCAAUCGGAAACUGACACGGAACCCGCGACGGGUGCAGAGCCCCGCCCAUGGUCCCGCGAAGACAUCCGCUAUGUGAAGGACGUUCCGUCUAUAUCCCCAACUUCUUAUCCGGCGAGAGUAGCGCCGCUUCCGGAAGACAGGGUAGUCGCGGAGGAAGCGCCAAAGGUGGAGGAGGAGCAAAAAGACAGCAAUGAGCUGUUGGAGUGGGAGAGGAGGAGGAUUGAAGCGGAUUUCCGUUUGCGGAGGGUUCUUAAGCCGGAAGAGGAGGUUGUGCCUUUUCCAACACUUAUCAAGGUCGAGAAGAAGCUGCCAAAGGCCAUUCUUGAUCUACAGGACGCCAUUAAACAAGUCAAGGCUAAUGCCAAGCAGAAGUUCGUCGAAACUGUUGAAGCACAUGUGAACUUGGGUGUUGAUCCUCGUCGAGGUGACCAGAUGGUCCGUGGUGCUGCAACUCUGCCUCAUGGUACCGGAAAGACUGUCAGAGUAGCUGUAUUUGCGGAAGGGGCUGCAGCAGAUGAAGCCAGAGCUGCGGGAGCUGAUAUAGUUGGUGGAGAUGAACUCAUUGAGGAAAUCAAGAAAGGAGGUGGCAAACUCAAUUUUGACAAGUGCAUAUCAACUCCUACUUUCAUGCCACGUCUUGGAAAGAUAGCAAGGAUCCUUGGCCCUCGUGGUAUGAUGCCAAACCCCAAGCUUGGAUCUGUGACAAGUGAUGUUGCUGGCGCAGUGCAAGAGGCAAAACGUGGUCGUAUCGAUUUUAAAAUUGACAAAACUGCCAUCGUGCAUGUAGGCCUUGGGAAGGUGGGCUUUUCCGAGGAGGCUCUACGUGAAAAUGUUGCAGCAUUUGUGAAUGCUCUUUUGGUUGCAAAACCUGUUGGCCUAAAGAAGACUUCUAAAUAUGCUGGGUACGUGAAGUCCUUCAGCUUGUGCAGCACGAUGGGUCCGGGAUUCCCCGUUUCAAUACAAUCAUUAUCAAUAGCGGCAGACAACUAUAGCAAGCAGCAACAACUCAAAUGAUGGCCGGGUGAUCCCAUUGUACUUGGACUAGAGCAGCAUACAUCUUUUUAGACAAUGAUGUUUUCCGUUGGCUACCAAGAAGCCCAUCGAAGAGUCAUUGGUAAAAGCAACAAUUUUGAUAAAUGAUAAAAUUCCCAAGUGACAUUAUUUUGGCUAAUGGAUGCCGUGUUCCUUUAAUUUUCUGGAGAAGCAGUUGUUCCUGUCAGAAUCUAAUGGAGGAUUCUUAGCUGUUGAUUUGAUCUUA